AUGAGCGACGAUCACCCGUCUUGCCCCUUUUGUCCCUUCUCUGAUCCAGAUGCUAGCUUCGUAGAGCAGCACAUCAACUUCUGUCACCCGGAAAAUGGGGUCCCUGAGUCAGAAUCCCCACUCCAUUUCACCAGGUCGACAUCACCACUGCCUCCAAUGGACAGCGACUCAACAGAUCAAUAUGUGGAAUGCCCAUAUAGCUGUGGGGAGAUAAUCACAUCUGCUGAGAUAUCCACGCAUAUUGAUCUUCAUGUCGCAGAGGGUGUUGCGCUAGAUGAGAAUGGAUCGAUCCAGUCUCCCCCAAAUGCGGGAUAUUUCUCCAGUGAUUACGAUCUACCAUCUGACCAAGAUGACGAUAAAUUUGACCUGACAUCUGCAAAGAAAUGUGGCAAAAGAGGUAUGGACAGAGACUUCACACGUGCAAAUUCUUCAAAACCAGCUCGUGCGCGGAGUCCUCCCGGAACAGUGGGCCCGGACGGUGUGAAGCGUCUAGGGAGAUCCGAGCUGGGUCCCCACGCCCACGAAAAGAAGAUGCCUUCAUGGCUGAAAAGGAUGCUGGAGAAGGGCGGGCGCGCCACGAAACAAACUCAGAUCACAACAGACGGCAAGCUUGCCCGUCAUACUACAGUGGAGAAUGAAACCGAUAAUCUGAUCCCUACUAUCGCUAAGCUCUGUGAGCAAGACAGCUCUGUUCAGCGUGCCUUUCUUUGCUCGCCCAAAGUCCGCCAUAUCUGUAAGAUGUCCCGCGAGGGUGGGUUCUGUGGAUAUCGAAACAUCCAAAUGCUUGUUUCUUAUAUCAGGAAAACACAACGACCAGGACAUGAGCAUUUUUCUGAAGGGGGUCCGACAAUUCUAGAGUUACAAGACAAGAUUGAACGUGCUUGGGACAUGGGAUUUAACAGUACCGGGAGGACUGAGACCGGAGGAAUCCGCGGCACACGAAAGUUCAUUGGAACUCCAGAGGCACUGUUCAAGAGUCUUGAGAUCCCAUGUGAGGCUAGCAGUCUAAGCGAGAGCGAUAAGUAUCGAGCAUAUGAUUCGCUAUACAUGGAGGUCGCUACGUACUUUCGACAAAAUAAUUCCCUGGAAGACGAGAGGAGAGUCUUUGUGACAGAUUUACCACCAAUCUAUUUCCAACAUCAAGGACACUCCAUGACCAUUAUUGGAUUUGAGAUUCGCGAUAAUGGCACUGCCAAUCUACUGGUUUUUGAUCCAAUGUUCAAAACUUCACCUGCUAUGCUACGUCUCAUUGGGACGUCUGCCCGAUCUGACAAUCCUGCCCGUUUAUUGAAAGCGUAUCGCAGAGGCGCAUCCUACCUCCAAAAGUACAAAAUAUUUGAGCUUCUCCGGUGA